UAUAGAAAGGACAUUUUUAUAAUCUAUCUCUUUAUUCCGUCAAAUUCGAAUUACGAUAAAGGGAAAAUGCUCGGGCUACUGGUAUUAUUUACGAGUGUCGCUGUGACGCUUUGUCAUCCAUAUUACAGGGAUAGAAUACCUAACGGACACUUCGUGCCGAAUCCAUGCGGUAGUGGGGUAUGGGAGGCUGUAGGACACUUCGAUCCAUUACAUCAUACACACGAUAAGAAUCCGUUCGGAAUGGAUUUUGCAGCUGCUGGACACAUGUGGACUGCUGCCUUGUGUGCCAAAGAUAGCGACGGUGACGGUGCUACUAACGGCGUGGAGCUCGGCGAUCCAACUUGUGUAUGGACCGUAGGCGCGGAUCCCACCGGAUCAGCGACAGGCCAUCCAGGUAUCUGUAACCCUGUUGGAAGUUGUUCCCAAGCUUUCUAUUGCGGUUGCCAUGGUCACAACUGUGUCGGAUAAGAAGUAAAAACGUGUUGCUGAAAUUAGUGUAGAGAUGUAAUUAAAUACAGUAAAAUAUG